CUCGAAGAACAAGGUGCUGCGAAUUCAAAAAACCUUGAUCCGUUGCAGAGCCGCCUGCUCACAGCCCCGAUGAGAAGGUCGAAGCGAAAAUCUUCCGUAGCAGCCGUUGAAGUUCGCGAUUCGAUUGGGAAUUUCAGUACUAGGUUUUCCUCACCAUCCUUUGUGAAGCGAGUGGAGAAAUUAUCUUAUGAUCAGCGAGAUGCAAUAAAGAGUGUGGGAUUUGGUAAUCUGUUGCUCAUACCGAAUCACACUCUUAGCAAGAAUUUAUUGGUUGAGUUGAUGGAGAAAUGGAGCUGCGAUAAGCGUGCCUUUGUACUUGCUCAUGGCGAAAUUUCCAUGACUCUCAUGGACGUUGCUUUGGUUUUGGGGCUUCGUGUCAUUGGAAAGCCGGCGAUACUUCAGCAGGACGAGCCUUUUUCAGAUCUAGAAGAACAUUAUGGUGCUGUUCCUGGAAAGAGGAAAAUUACAGUUGCUUCACUUGAGAGUAGACUUGAUUCCCUUGGUGGGGUAGCUGAUGAUGACUUUAUAAGGAGCUUUUUACUUUUUACAUUUGGAACUUUUCUUUUUCCGAAUACGACUGGAACGAUUGAUACUCGUUAUCUUUCUUUCCUUAGUAAUUUGGAUUAUGUACAUCAAUAUGCUUGGGGUUCUGCUGUGCUCGAGGAUCUGAUAAUGUGGCUGAGCAGAAGAAAGGAAAAAAGUAUGCAGUAUGUUGGAGGUUGUCUUUUAUUCCUUCAGAUGUGGUUUUAUGAGCAUAUUGACAUGGCUCGGCCUAGUCUUCAAAAUGAUUCAUUGACUUUUCCCCGUGCAUGUCGAUGGGGAAACAGUAGACCCCAUCCAAGACUAUGGGUCAUUGCAGAAUUUGAGAAUCUAAGAGAUGAUCAGAUAAUCUGGGAGCUUCAGCCUACUGCGAUUGAGUUGGAAGCUGAUAUAAUCAAAGAGAUUUUGCCGGCACGAAUGGAUGACUACCAAGAGACAGGUCCGCAAUCCGGGACAAAUGAUUUUGUGGAGAAUCUUCCAAUGGAUCCUGAUGUCAAAGCAAAAAUUGACUGUGAUGUAGAUACGAUUGAUAGAGUACAAAGGUCAGAGAUGUUUAAUGGACUGAAACCUUGCUCGUCGCUCGAUAAAGUGAACUCUCCGACAAAAGCUGAUUAUCUAUCUCACCGAGAAGUAUGCAAUGAGCAUCUUGAAUCACCAUCUACAUCAUACGACUCUCCUGGAAAAUCAUCAGCUUGCACGGAAGAUGACUUGAUGUUGAAAAACCGGAUAUUGAAAGAGAAGAUUGUGGAAUUGGAGAAGGAGAUGAGUGAACUGAUAAAGGAAAACAAUCAAUUAAAGUGCCAACUACUCUCGAGUCCAUCAUUAGAAAAGGAAAAUGAUGAUCUGAAGAAAGAAGUGGCUGACUUGAGAAGAGAAAAUCAAAUCCUAAGCUUGUCUUCAGAUCAUCUUGUGGCUCGGCUUGAGAAAUUGCUCUUGGAUGAGGAAACUGAUGGUACAGAAGAAACAUGACUAUACCGUAUGGAGAAAAAUCCGGAGAGAAUAUAUAAUUAUGCAUGCUGAUUUUCGAAGACAUUGCAUAUGCUGGUGGCAAGCAUAGCUGGGAUACAUGGCAUAAAAUUCAGUUAAGUGGAGAUGGGGCAGUCGAUCCUGGGAUUACCACUUCCUUCAUCCGGGCUUGGGCUGGGCCGAAGGGUUAUGAAGAUAAAUCAUUGUAAAGGUAAAGUUUGUAGCCAGGCCUUAACUAUCAAAAUGAAAGAGAGUUCCCCACUGAUUGGUUUUUUGAUCGGAGCAUCGAGCAACGCAACCCGUCAGCGGGCACAAAAAGCAAUUUCUAAGAAUUUGGUUCAGUCAUAAGCUAUAUGCUUUCCCCAUGUAACCCACGAAAAAAAAUGAAGAUAAGCCGUGUCAAUCGGACAGCAAAUUGUGCUGUCUUUUGUAUGAGCUGUUUAAUACCCGAAGAUUUAGGAAAAUGUUUAGGACUCCAAAUCACUAAUUAUUGUAAUAGCCUUUUCUUUUCCCAGAACAAAAGGAACAGUUAGCUGUUCUGCUUUCUGCUA